AUGGAUAGAAUAAACAAGACGAUCGUGAAAGAAUUUAUUCUUCUGGGACUCUCUGGUUACCCAAAAAUGGAAAUAAUUUUCUUUGUUGUAAUUUUAAUUAUGUACCUAGUGAUUCUAAUUGGCAACGGUGUUCUGAUCAUAGUAAGUGUCUUCGAUUCCCGCCUCCACACUCCCAUGUAUUUUUUCCUGGGCAACCUUUCCUUUCUGGAUAUCUGCUAUACAUCUUCUUCUGUUCCCUCAACCUUACUGAGCUUAAUCUCAAAGAAAAGAAAUAUCUCCUUCUCUGCAUGUGCAAUACAAAUGUUCCUUGGAUUUGCAAUGGGGUCAACAGAAUGUUUUCUCCUUGGCAUGAUGGCUUUUGACCGCUAUGUUGCCAUCUGUAAUCCUCUGAGAUACCCCAUCAUUAUGAACAAACUGAUUUAUGUACUGAUGGCCUCUGUGUCAUGGCUAUCUGGUGGACUCAAUUCAGUUGUGCAAACAACUCUUGCCAUGCAAUUGCCAUUCUGUGGGAAGAAUAUUAUUAAUCAUUUUAUAUGUGAAAUAUUAGCAGUCCUCAAUCUUGCUUGUGCUGACAUAUCCAUCAAUGUUAUCAUCAUGGUGAUAUCAAAUAUGAUAUUUCUAGUUCUUCCACUGGCAGUCAUCUUUUUCUCCUAUAUGUUUAUCCUCUAUACUAUUUUGAGAAUGAACUCAGCCACUGGGAGACGCAAGGCCUUUUCAACCUGCUCAGCACAUCUGACUGUAGUAAUAAUAUUUUAUGGGACCAUACUUUUCAUGUAUGUCAAACCCAAGUCUCAAGACCGAUUCGGAAAAGACAGUUUGCAAGCUAGGGAAGGACUCAUUUCUGUCUUUUAUGGGGUACUAACCCCCAUGCUAAAUCCUAUAAUUUAUAGCUUAAGAAAUAAGGAUGUAAAAGCUGCUGUGAAAUAUUUGUUGGCUCAGAAAUCUGUUAAGACCUAA